CGCCCAGCUCGCCAAGAACUUUGUCCGAGAAUGAAUGUUGAAGUUAGACGGUCAUGUCUAAUUAUUGCAUUAGAAGAGCUCAGAUCAUUACUAGAAGAUGAUGAACAAAAGAAGACUAGGAUACCAAUGAGAGUAGGUGGAGAAACGGGAGGUGAAUAUAUACAUAGAAUGUUGAAUGGUCAUCCUGGAUUGUGUAAAGAGCAAUUAAGGUUGACGAGAGAAAUGUUCAUCCACCUUGUGAAUAUUAUGGUUGAAAGAAAUUUAUUGAAAGAUAGCAGGUUCAUUCAUGUGGCAGAGCAAAUUGGAAUUGGUCUCUAUAUAUUGGUCAAGGGAGCUUCUUACACAGAUGCAACUGAUGUUUUUAAGCAUUCUUUGAGAACCAUAUGCAAAUAUUUCAAUCUAGUAUUGCAUGCCUUGGUUGAGUUAUCUUUUGACAUAAUUCGACCACAUCACAAUUUGUUGGACGUCCACACCAUAGUUUUCAACAGUUCCUUCUAUUGGCCGUAUUUCAAGGAUUCAGUUGGAGCAUUAGAUGGUACUCACAUAGAAGCAGUUAUAUCAGAUGCAAAGGGGGUGCCGUUUCGAGGACGCAAAGGAGUCAAAACCUGGAAUGUCUUAGCAUGUUGUUCAUUUGAUAAACUAUUCACGUUUGUCAAUAUUGGCUGGGAAGGAAGCGCUCACGACGUAAGAGUGUGAGUUGAUUCCUUAAUGCAAUCACAAUAUCAUUUUCCUCACCCCCACCAGGUAUAAAAUACAAAUAAAUUUAUUAUUAAAGGUUUUUGUAAAUAUAAAAUAAUAUCCUUUUAACAAAGUCAAUUGAAAAUGUAGGUAAAUAUUACUUAGUAGAUUCAGGAUAUCCAAACACACUUGGAUAUUUAGCUCCAUUUGAUGAUGCGGGAAUGAGGAAACACGUGCCAGAAUUUCGUGACGGUGGUAAACCAAGAGGAGUAAUGGAACAUUUUAAUUAUCACCACUCAUCACUGAGAACUACCAUUGAAAGAGCAUUUUCGCAUCUGAAGAAAAGAUG